AUGGGUUCCUCUUCGUCCACCUCGUACCGCAAUGGCAAGCCGACCUUUGACGACGCCACGGAGGUCCAUCCGAUGUUCAACGGCCUUCUCUUCCGCCUGAGCGACCGCAAGAACGGCCGCUGGGGCUUCUACAACGACUCCCCGGACUACACCAUGCACGUCGCGGUGCUCUUCGACUACGACAGUCAAAUCGUCCCGCUCGGCUCCACCAACGCCUUCCGCAUUGACGACCCGGAGGCGGGCCGCGAGGACGACAUGGGGAAAUACCUCGCGGAGGUCGACGUCCCCCCACUCGCAACGGAAAUGUUCGUGGAGGGGAAAGUGACCGGAUGGAGCAUCGACACACUCGAGGCACGCUCACACCAGGAUGAACAGGUAUACCGCUUGUAG